UGAGCCAGCUGCAGAAAAGAACCCAGAAUUCUCCUCAACGUUUUGAUUUCUGAUUUCUUGAUAAUGGCGUGCCAUGGAUUUCUGGGGAAACCGACCCCAAAAUCAUUUGGGCGUCAUAACCAUGCAAGGAGAAACCGCCAUCAUCAAUCCAGAUGUUCGGCUGCGGCCGUUGCAGCAGCUGGCUCCAUCUUCACAUCCCUCAACAUGUCUCUCUUCACAUUCCACAACCGCCUCUUGCGUUGCGUCUCCAGGUUCUUCCGUCUAGCCACCACAUCUAGCGCAACUCCUAGCCAUCGAGCCACCAUGAAACAAGGCUACAAAAAGCUCCACAAACCUGAGCCUCUGAGAAGACGUAAUGACAAGAAAAGGACGAUCUUUCUUGAUCUUGAUGAAACAUUGGUGCACUCUACAAUGGAACCACCAAUCCGGGUUAAUGUAGAUUUCAUGGUAAGGAUAAAGAUCGAAGGAACUGUUAUACCAAUGUUUGUGGUGAAACGACCAGGAGUUACUGAGUUUCUUGAAAGGAUCAGUAAGAACUAUCGAGUGGCAAUCUUCACAGCCGGGUUACCAGAAUAUGCUUCACAGGUUUUGGAUAAACUUGACAAGAACCGUGUGAUCUCACAGCGGCUAUAUCGAGAUUCAUGCACAGAAAUGAAUGGAAGAUAUGCCAAAGACUUAUCUUUGGUGGCGAAAAAUGACCUCGGGAGUGUUUUGCUAGUUGAUGAUAACCCUUUCUCCUACUCGUUGCAGCCGGACAAUGGAGUUCCCAUUAAGCCAUUUGUGGAUGACAUGGAAGAUCAAGAACUGAUGAAGCUUGCAGAAUUCUUCGAUGGAUGUUAUCAGUGCUUUACAGCCACCACCAUCAGCUAUCCAGCCACAAGACCUGGCUAUACAAAACUUGAGAUACUCGAGGACCCUCUGACAGCAUAUACCAAUACGAAAAGGACAAUCAUCCUCGACCUUGAUGAAACGUUGGUUCACUCGACGACGCAGCUUCCGGGAGUUAAAUAUGAUUUCAUGGUGAUGGUGAAAAUGGAAAGGGAGAUAAUGCCAAUCUUUGUGGUGAAACGUCCUGGUGUGACUGAAUUCUUGGAAAGACUUGGUGAAAACUACAAAGUGGUAGUUUUCACAGCUGGUCUGGAAGAAUAUGCUUCACAGGUUUUGGACAAGCUAGACAAGAACGGUGUAAUUUCACAGCGGCUAUAUCGAGACUCAUGCACGGAAGUGAGUGGGAAAUAUGUAAAGGACUUAUCUUUGGUAGUGGGGAAAGACCUCAGAAGUGCUUUGAUUGUCGAUGACAAUCCAUCUUCUUACUCAUUACAGCCAGAGAAUGGAGUGCCUAUAAAGGCUUUUGUAGAUGACCUGAAGGAUCAAGAACUGCUGAAUCUUGUGGAGUUCCUCGAAAGUUGUUACGCAUAUGAGGAUAUGAGGGAUGCAGUCAAGGAUUUGCUGGCAAACUAGCUGGUUUAAUGUGAAUAUAUCUCUAUUCCCAGAACUAUUUUCCUUUCCUUAGACGUUUUUUUGGGUUUGUUUGUUCGGGGGAUGAUGGAAAGAUGAUUAGAAGCAAUCCUUUUUUUGCGUUGAAAAAGGAUGCUUCCUUCUUCAAUGUUGCAUAUACCUAGAUCAGAAGCUUUUCCUGAAAACAAGAAAAAAUAACUUUGUAAAGCAGAUAUAUGUGGAAUAAAAAAUAGUUUAGUUG